AUGGAGAGCAUCAGUGUGGAAGCAGCCUGGGACGGGCUGGGCCUCUCCUCUGCGUUUGCUCAGGGACGCAUCAACAACUUCUCCUCCUCCUUUGUUCCUGAGAGCAGCUUUCUGAACAGUUCCCACACUGGGGGCUCUCUCUUCGGCCUCUUCUCUGAGAAUGGCUCCAGCACCAUCCCUCCCCACACAACCCCUCAGCCCCGGGUUCGGGACGUGGGGUUGGCGCGGGCAGAAGUGGCGGUGCUGGCUAUGAUCCUGGCGCUAACGACACUGGGGAACAGCUUUGUGCUCUGGGUGUUGCUGCGCCGCAGGAAGCACAACGCGCCCAUGCACGUGUUCAUGGUAAACCUGUGUGUGGCCGACCUGGUGGUGGCCUUCUUCCAGGUCCUUCCGCAGCUGAUUUGGGACAUCACAGAGAGAUUCCAGGGCCCUGAUAUUCUGUGCCGUCUUGUCAAGUACUUGCAGAUUGUGGGCAUGUUUGCCUCAUCGUACAUGAUAGUUGCCAUGACGGUGGACAGGCACCACGCCAUCUGCUGCCCUUUGCAGGCUUAUCGUGGGGGGGUCAUGUCUCGCUGGAACACACCCGCCAUGGUGGCCUGGGGCCUGGCCCUGGUUCUGAGCUUACCACAGGUGUUCAUCUUCUCCCGCUCUGAAGUUUCUCCUGGAGAGUUUGAGUGCUGGGGCCACUUCACAGAGCCGUGGGGACUCAAGGCCUACAUCACCUGGAUGACAGUGGCAGUGUUCCUGUUGCCCGCACUCAUCAUUACCAUCUGCCAGAUAAGGAUCUUCAGGGAGAUUCACAACAAUAUCUAUCUUAAGUCCGAGAGGAUGGUUAUGGCCGAACUAAAGAAGAAUGAGAUCUUGUUUCGCUUUAAUAGUUUUAAGAAAGACGAGGAGCGGAGUGGCAGAAGCAGAGACACGAGAGGGGCCCACCAGCCCCUAAAGGCCGUCAAUAAUAACUCUCAAACCAACAGCAAAGCAGAGUGUUAUGACUAUGUGCCAUCAUCUCUGCCGUACAGCAGCUGCCACACAGACCACGUAACAGCCACAACCACUCUGAACAGCGCAGAAUGUCAGGAGCCUCAUACCUCAUACAAAGUGGAAUCCGGCUCACCACGCUGUUCACUUGAUUACCCUGCUCCACCACAGCCCAGCACCCCACCCCCCAGCAUCACCAAAGCCAUGUCCAAGACUGUCCGCAUGACGCUGGUGAUUGUCCUGGUCUACACCGUCUGCUGGUCGCCCUUCUUUAUUGUACAACUGUGGGCAGCAUGGGACCCCCACCCCCCUGAACAAGCAGGCGUUGCCUUCACAAUCCUGAUGCUGCUGGCCAGUCUGAACUCGUGCACCAACCCUUGGAUCUACACAGCCUUUUCCAGCAGUGUGUCUCGAGAGCUGCAACACCUGCUCCGCUGCGGCUCUCGCUCCAGUCGAAGGGGGUCCCUGCCUGAUGACUCUACUGCCACACACACCUCCACCACCAAGGACAGCAUGUACUGA